GUCGUUGAUGUGUCCGUCGCAGUCCCAGAAACCCCGCGCACCCGCCUCCUAGUAUCGCCUACCAUGUCUCAAUCAGAUUCUUUCCAUGUUCCGCCCCUACCUGAGCAGGACCAGGCCGGCGGAGACACUCUACCCACCUACGACGAUCUAGCAUCCCAGCACGGUCCGAACUCGAGAUUUGGUCGCUGGAGAGAAUGGAUCGAGAAGAGAGCCGCAGAGCGGUACGCUGAUGUCACUCCGGACGAGCGACAGCGGCGAAGAGAAAGAGGAUGGGGAAACGGACUCGAGCAACCUCAGGAAGCUGUGGAUCCUAGAUCCCAGGCGCAUUCCGUCUACGCACCCUCGUCUCAAACAAACUCCCUCUAUGUGCCACAGUCGCAAACGAACUCAAUGUAUGCGCCGCCAUACCAGGCCAACUCCGUCUACCUGCCACAGUCGCAAACGAACUCAAUGUAUGCGCCGCCAUACCAGGCCAACUCCGUCUACCUGCCUCCGUCGCAGACAAACAGCUUCUACGCGCCCUCGGCGUACAACUCGUCCUCACAUCCCAACUCAAUGUAUUCUAGCGCAACAUCGUCCUAUGCAUCCCUUCCACCACAUGUGCUCCAUCCACAACUACAUCUUCAAACCAAUUUCCCUCUAUCCGCACUCCCAGUCUCUCCAUUAACGCACACAAAGCGUCCCCCGGUGCCGGCCGCGCUCAUUCCCGAACCCCUCGCGCCGUCGCGCCUGAAGCUAUACAACUUUGGGUCCCGAUUCUUGCCACACACUACGUCACCGAUUCGGUGUUUGCUUCCCUUGGGCAAUCACCACCUGCUGCUGAUCGGCCAUGACAAGGGUCUGUCUGUCCUAGACAUGUUCCCAAGUGAUUGGUCCGACGAGGACGAGAACCAGAAAGGGCCCUCCGACGCGGAGGCCAAGCUCAUCUGGGAGGGCGAAGGUGUUCACCAGAUGACUAUCCUGGAAUCCGAGAGCACGGGCGAGGGCACGCCGCAAGGCGUGGUGCUUGCCCUGGUCAGCACGGAAGCCGACUCGUCCAAAGACCAAGAGACCCCUCGGAUGCUCCGUAUGUACAACCUGGCCAGUCUCGUCAGCCUCGCGAAGUGGAUCGUUACCCAGAAGGACGCCCGCCCGCUGGAUUUACGCAAUUCGGCGACAGGGAAGAACUCGCAAGGCUCUGUCAAGAAGCACCACCGGCCUCCGAGUUCCAUCACGAAGGGCUUGAAGAACCUGGUGCUCGAUCCUGCGAUAGCGCAACCGCAGAGCUCAUCAGCGCGAAAACCCGAACCACAGGCUUCGUAUUCUUCACUGGCUUCAUCCUGGACGUCGCCCCAAAAGGGUAAAGGGGUAGCCUCGGUGAGGCGGACAGAUUCUAUCGACUCUGAUUGGGAUAUCGUGAGCGAUCUACCACUACGAUGGGCGACCCAUUUCACGCCUCUCGCAUCCGCGGGCUCAAGACUACACAACAACCCUGUGUUGUUCUACGAUAUCUGGCGCAACGAAGGUCAGCGAGGUCGGGGCGGGGUGCUCCUCGCCGUUGCGACGAAGUCAAGUAUACUCUUGUACGAAGCCCCGAAGGGAGAACGAGCCUUCCGUUUGGCGAAGGAGUUUUACACGCCGCUCGCCGCGCGUAGCAUCACCUUUAUCCAUCAAUCUGUGCAGGACAAUAUGUCGCGAAGCCCCUCGGACAUCUUUCCUCGCUCCGCGGCCCUCGACACACAGAGCCACCGGCAUUCCCGCGUGUCCUCCUUCGGCUCGACCGUGCUCAACUACCCCACACAGCUCAGCCUCUUCGUCAUCUUCGAGAAGAAAGCUGGCACCAUCCGCAUCGCUGACUCGGCCGUCGGCGAGGUCGAUCUUUACGACGACAACUGGGGCGCACAGCAGCAGUCGCUGCUCACGACCUCCCCCACGCGACGCUCCCGUGCGUCCUGGGACGGUCGCGCCUUUAUGAAGGACAAGGGCCCCUGGGCACGCCCCAUCAAGUUCAGCGUGCCCGGCCCGUCCUUCCAGCCGUCCUCCGCCACCCAGCUCUUUCUGCUCACGCGUGGCCGCCAGUCGCACAUCGUCCCGCACCCGCUCCCGGCACGCCUCGCAGGUGUUCCCCCGCAUCGCGUGCUCUACUGGGGCGCGCCGCCGCACUCCGUCGCCGCACGCGUGUGCACGUCCGACGACCCGGACGAGGCGCCGUUCCUGCAGAUCACCGCGUUCGGCGAGGACGGCGUCGAGGUGCAGGAGGUGCCGCUCGCGCAGCUGUCUGAGCGCAAGGGCAAAGGCCGUGCGCAAGACCCCGUCCGCGCGCAGGCGGACAUUGGGGGUGCUGCAGGCCUGCUCGCCGUGGGGGGCCACUGGAACCGGCCGUUCUACCCGGGCCUCGCAAGGUCGUACUCGACGUCGAGCUACCAGAGCUACGACUCGACGACGACGGCCGAGGAGGACGGGGCGGGCGACGGGGGCAACGAGGGUCUGUAUGCGUGGGUGCAGAAGGGCGCGGAGGACUGGAGGGUGGUCUGGCUUGGUGAUGGGGCCCCGCUGGAUGAUGAGUUUGACGAUGAGAUGUGAGCACGAUGACGGACUCCGCGAAGGCUAUGGGGAAUCGAUAGACUGUAUAAAUUUUGUUUAACAUGUACAGCAGUGCGAGUUGUUUCCAUAGCUCCUCCACCAUCUACCGCAAUCGAGUAAUCUUGGGUAUUUGUA